AUGGCUCACUGGCCGGCCAAGAUGAAAUGGAAUAAUGAAGACUACUUGCUAAGUGUUGCUGGUGACCGCACGGUUCCGGUUGAGGAGCUUGAUAUUAAUGUGUGUUGUGGAUAUCAAAAGUUUAGUGGCGAAGAUAGCGAUGGUGAUUAUUACAUAGAUUCGAGCAGCGACGACAGCAGUGAUAGUGAAUUUGGAAAAAGGACUGAACUUUCUACAACACAAAAAAAUAGUCAAUAUCGGAUAGGUGAUGCUUUGUUUCAAAUGAACAGGUUGUCUGUAUACGAUAAACACAGUACAAUGCAAGAGGGAUUUUCGAGCGAUGAUAGUGAAACUGGGAAUCCUCAAGAUCUUCUUUUUGAGUAUUUUGAUCACACUCCUCCUUAUAGCCGUGAACCAUUGACCGACAAGAUACUUGAUCUUACACGCCACUAUCCUAGCCUCAAGUCACUGAGAAGUUGUGAUUUGUUGCCAGCAAGUUGGAUGUCUGUAGCAUGGUAUCCUAUAUAUCGAAUACCCACUGGUCCAACAUUAAAAGAUUUAGAUGCUUGCUUUCUUACAUACCAUACACUCCAUACACCCUUGACAGGAAAUGGAGGUACUCGGGCUCCAAUUUUGGUUUAUCCAAAUGACAUGGAUGGUGUACCAAAGAUUUCCUUACGAACUUUCGCAAUGGCUUCUUAUAAGUUAAAGGGAUCUAUUUGGAUGCAAAAUGGAGUUAGUGAGAGUCAACUAUCAAAUUCUCUCUUGCAGGCUGCAGAUAACUGGUUAAGGCUGCUUCAGGUGAUGGAAUUUCUGACAUCACUUGCGGGAUGAAAAUCAAGCAUUCAAGGUCCCUGAAAAGCUUUACAUGGUGUAUAUAUUGGAAAUUCCUUAUUUAUUGUAUUUAUACUUGUGUAUAUUUGGUUUAUUUGAUUGUUUAUACUUUUGUGGUAGCUGUAAAUUCCUGGCUGAGAAUUAUAUAUAUUGGAAAGAUUAAGGAAAAUCUGCUCAGAGGGUUUUUUUGGUUCCC